AUGGUAUCAUUCUUGGGGAUUGGUCAACUCCAAAUAUUGUUAAUGUGGUGUGGAUUCUUCGGGUUUUUUCACAUGUGUUCGGGGCUGAAAAAUAACCUAUCCAAGUCUAAUAUUUAUGGUAUUGUAGUUGAGUUAGUGGAACUAAAAGAUAAAGCUAGGGUGGUCGGGUGCAAGGCCGAUAGUCUCCCGUUCAAGUAUCUUGGAUUGAUGGUGAGGGCUAACAUGAACCGAAGUAACAACUGGAAGCCGAUAUAUAAUAUUUUUGAACUUAGGGCUUCUUUAUGGAAAGCUAAUCUUAUUUCCAUAGGUGGGAAUAUCACUUUGAUUAAGUCUGUGUUAGAGAGCCUUCCAAACUAUUACUUUUCGCUAUACAAGGUGUCGGCAAAGAUGAUUAAAGAUUUAGAGUCUCUUAUGAGAAGGUUCCUAUGGGGAGGCUCGGGGGAAUCUAGGAAGAUGCAUUGGGUCGCCUGGGAUUGGGUCUCUAUUCCGAACGAAGAUGGGGGGCUUGGGUUGAGUAAAUUGAAGCAUUCAACACCGCAUUAA